CGAUUGCUUUUCCCUUAUCUUCUGCAUCUCUCCAUUGACCUGAUUCAUCUAAAUUCUCUAACCAAUCUUUUCCCACCAUGUCUGAUGUUUGAAUACCUCGCGAAAGAUAUGAGCAUCUUGUUAUCUUGCAUGGUCGUUUCCAAAAAUCUUCCACGCACUUGUCGCCCUAUAGCAGGCUGUCCGAACAUGGCCAGCACAGCGAAGCCGUACGACGCCCUCUCGACUCCCCUAACAAGCCUUACUUCCAUUUCGUCGGUCCAACCGAAGUCAACCGGCGACGAUAGUUCACCUCCACUAGACAAUGCAGCGGUUAGCAGCCAUCACCAACAACAAUCAUCUCAUCAACCAUCGCAGCAAAGUUCACCUCAGCAGCCUCAGCAGCCAUCGCACCAACUACAGCAUCACGCAUAUGUCGCAGCCCAGGCAGCCCCACCAUCACAACCUACAGGGCCGAGCAACACCGCAGUAUCAGCCCCGGCCAUCAGCGCCCCCUUGGCCUCCAAUUCCUACGACCGAGCAGACUGCAUACCUGGGGUUAAGAGCAUGUUCAUUUACCCUCACGCAGAGGUCACUCUCGGUAAAUGGAAAGCCAAUGAGUACGAUGCCAGAUUUCGAUUCGUGUCGGAGGAAAUGCGCAAGACAGUCAACGAGAACCCCGACCUUCGAGAUCGCGCCGAUACAAUAGACUACCGUCUCCACAUGGGAGGGCCAUCACCAGAGGAAGCCACACCCCAUAUCGUCAUCUUUUGUCGCAGAGAAGACUUUCGUAAGCUCAGUGACCUCUUCAAAAAGCGCGUGAAGGACCCCUUGUACUGCGGUAAAAAGUCGAAAGUGUUUCACCUGUUUCGCGAAGACGAUCCAGACAAAAUGCCGGUGCCGCCUUUUCAGCUAUUAUACUAUCGGUCGCCCAAAAACCCCAAGAAACGAACCGCCGGGGACGAGAACAUCCACCCGGAACUUGGCAGGCACAUUACUUGGUGCGGUGCUGUCGCUCAUCAUGGGUCUCGAACCGCGACUCUGGGGUUGACCAUCCGAGUCGGGGAUUCUAUUGCUGUCAUGACGGUUGAUCAUCUCUUUGAACCCGAAAAGCAGGAACAUGCCGACUCUCUCAUCACCACAGACACAGCAUCCCUCGAUAUGGACGCCUCUAGCGAGUCUACUCUCAAUGAUGAUGAGAUGGAAGAUCUGGGAGAGUUAUGGACCGAUAAGGUUAUGGAAUAUGAUGAGGACUAUGAAGAUGAGAUAUCUGAGGAAUGGGACGGCGAACCCCGCUUCCACAGCUCAGUGCAGGGUGACUCUUUCUUCGUCGAUAGGAUCCGACCACCUCGUCAACUCGAUGGCUGGGAAGCAUACCUCGACUGGUCCUUGGUAACGCCUAGUGCUCAACAACCCCUGUUCCCUCUCCCUAACCAGUACUUCCCCUCUGGCCCUGAAGGGCAAGCCAUAGCAUUAGAGAAAUUUGCCAAGGCACCUAGAUUCCACCGCGUCCCAGUACACGUCGUGUCUGGUAUCCGCGGCGUGCUUCCAGGAAGGCUGCUGGGUAGCACGGCGAUGCUUGGCUCGGGGCCCGAUCGAGUUCUCUGUGAAGCAUGGACAGUGAUCUUGGAUACAACUCAGAGUAUACCUUUGACAUCUUACAGAGAGAAUGUAGAAUAUUGCUGACCAUAAGCGUAGGUAUUAUUGACGGAGAGUCCGGCUCCCUGGUGAUUGACCAAGAGACUCACGAGAUCUACGGUCAUGUUGUUGCAUGCGAUCCGCGUGGGUACGCAUAUGUGGUCCCGAUGACGAAGAUUUGGACACAAAUGGAAACUCAGUUCGGGCCAGGCUCCAUCCAUGUCUUUACCCCAGAAACUGCCCCAAACGCGAUGCUGGGCCAGAGUCACAAGUCAAUUGAUCAGCCACGAAGUUUGGGUUGGACACCUGACGCUACCAAAACAGAAACGGCCGAUGACGGACCUGGCACAAUCCCAGCUACAUUGGAUAAUCAUGACCCAGCCUUCGACACUGACGCUGCGGUGGUCUCUGUCUCCGUGCCCUCCCCCUUGGGACAAUACGAAAUUCCCGAUAUCCGUCUCCCAGAACUGGUGAGCGAUGCAAUACUCUCUGGUGAAAGGAUAUCUGCCGGUGAUGACUCCAGCGAUGAAGAGGCUUCGGCGAUGCAGGAUGCCUUAGUCAGUGCCAUGGUCCCUACCCACUGGGGCACGAGACAGUUCUUGCCUCGGACUGCUUUAUCUACUAUCGUGAACACGAACAACGUCUGUCAGGAGCUGGAGAGGCUGGUCCGCAACCGGGACCUUCCCAAAAGAUGGUUGGAGGUCAGUGUUCGUGAAACCGCCGAUGUCAUUUGUCAGGCCAGCAGAUCGUUCCAGAAAGUCUUCGCCAUUCUGGUCUUGUUGGACAGGGCGGGUUAUAUAUUCGACAUGAUUGCUGCGGGGACCUCGGACGACUGCUUGCCCCUUGUCCACGGUUCUGAGGAGGAACUCCAAUCGGCUACUCAGCCGCAUCUCAAACUGACUUACACCCGACGUUGGAGACCCUUUGCCAAGCAUGGUUUUGAGGACAGGCAGUGGUCCUUCCUAGCACCAGUUUUCAGCAAAGGAGACGAUCAGAAUCCAGCCAGACAUUACAACUUUUCGGAUCGACAGAUUUUGCCAUUCAUAGGUGGGCCUGGAAGAGAGACUGCCGAGUUGGUCGGUGGUUUUGCGUCCGUUACAAGUGUGGUGAUCCAUCCCGACCAUCACGAGUUUACCUCAAUGAUUCCGCUCGGAUAUCAAGGCAAUCGUUUUGCCUUGAAAGAGCUCAAAGCAUUAUCUUCGGAUGAUGAUUUCAAGUCCGAGAUGAAGGCUUUACAAUUCGCGACCAAGCAGUCAAAUCGCCAUCUCCUCUCCUUACUAGCAACCUACCAGUAUCAUGGCCGCUAUCAUUUCAUACUGCCUUGGGCCGACAUGAAUUUGGAACAGUAUUGCCUUUCGGCGGACCCAACCUCGCAACGUGCCGCCCAACACCACCAGUGGGUUAUCGAACAAUGCAGAGGACUUGCUGAAGCCUUGUCAAUCUUGCACCGGGAGCGCGUCGAUCCAGAAGGCUUAAAUGAUGACAGGGCAUUUUACAGACACGGCGAUAUCAAGCCGAGUAACAUUCUCAUCUUUGGUACAGGUACAGAAGAUGCUAUCGGAGGAAGCCUUGUUUUGGCCGACUUUGGGCUCGCUCGUAAUCACAACAGAAGGACCCAGUCUAGACAGAUGUCAGACCGUGUCUUCGGCACCGUGACAUAUGAAGCACCGGAAACUGCACAACGACUGGGAGCAAGGAGUCGUGCUGUUGAUAUAUGGUCAUUGGGCUGCGUUUACCUUGAAUUUUUGACUUGGCUCUUGCUGGGUCCCAAUGGUUUUGACGAGUUUGGCGACAAGCGAUUGGCGAUGGAUGGACUCUACGGUUUUGAAACCGAUACAUUCUAUGCACUUUACCGUGAGGACAAUAUGCUUACAACGACUGUUAAGCCAGCUGUUGUGGAGAUGUUUCAUGAAUUGCACGCAAGUCCGCAGGCCUCCGAGUUAAUUCACGACCUUUUGGACAUAAUCCAGCUCGACAUGCUCGAGAUCGAACCCACGAAACGCAUAAAAAGCCUGAAGCUCGCAGAGAAGCUCCAAAUCUUAGAGGACAAAUCUCGAUUCAAUGAAGAUUAUCUCCUCAGGCCAUGCACUCGAGGUCGUGGAGUACCCGAACCUGGCGUACAAUACUCCGUCAGCAAAGUGCUAUCAAAAGACGCGGCGAUGGUGAGGCGUUCGAGGAGGCCUGGACAGGCAGACAGAACCAUCCGUAUCUACAGCGAAAGGAGGAGCAGGGUGAAAAUCUACUAA